AUGUCAGCACCCUCAGACUCCUCGACUUUGAGCCAAGCCUCGCCAACAACACAGAAGCGCCUCAGCACCAGCAACGUCGUUAGCGCCGUCGGCCAACUGCGCAACACCCAGGCCGAAGCAGAUCUGCUCCAGUUCAAGGCGGCUCUAGAGGCGGAGAGACGUGGAAAGAAGCACCGCCGGCGUGGGGCUGACAGCAUCGCGUCAAUCUCGAGCGUGACCAGUGUCGUGUCGGUAAUCUCUGUGCGGCCCAGCUCGAGGAACCCACGCAAGGAAGGAGGGGGUUCGGAGACGGAGGGAGAGCGAGAGCCGACGUCCGGAGGUGAGACGGAGAAGACGGACAGCCGGCGACCACGUCGCGGAAGCCAAUGCUCGCCUGAGCGUCCACGCACACGGCGCGUCCUGGAAGAAAUGGCGCAUCAAGUCACCGAGCUCGAACGAUGCAUCCACGAGCUGGCUGUGGAGGAUGAACGUGGGCGGGGCAGAUAG